GUCGUCAGGGAAUGUUGAGAGGUGCUGGAGUAGCUGUCCAGUCCAUAAUAACAACAAACCGGCCAAUACUGCUGGGUGCAAGUGGAAGUGUUGUGUGUGUCUGAGAUGUCUGCUCUAUAUAAAUAAUCGUGAACGAACAAAACACCACAGUGGGCACUGGUGGAGGGUGUUACCAUGGAUCAGAAGGACGCCUUGGGACUGUCCUUUACUGUGAAGAAACAUUGGUUGACUCGCCUCAUCCCUGUCCCAGCUCCAGCCCACAACAGGACAUCAAACCCUGGAGUGAGCGCUCCAGCACCUCCCCUGUGACACUCUACCACGGUCCAGUGUGGAGACAGAAAGGUUUUACACCUCAAUAUGAAGAAAAAACAGUCAGUAAAUGUAACUAACAGGACAUACAGAGGCUGCGAUAUACACAAUGACAAAGCAGCGCACGUUAAGUUUUUUCCGUUUUUUUUUCAGGGGCGUUCGAGUUCUGGAUUUUCGUUCGAAAUCCGAAGCAAAAAAAUCUCGAAUUUUUCGUUUGAACUCCGAUUUGUUCAAAGUCCGGGACGUUCGAAAACGGAGGUUUCUAUGGGACAGUCUGAUUCACAGCCGAAAAGUAGAUCACUGCAGAAACGAGGACCAAGGCCUUUUGAUCACAACCAUGUCACCAUGGUCAACUGGGGACUCGCUCGGAGAAAGGCCCAUUUAAUCCUUCCUGACAUCUUACGCACAGAGCUGGGAAAGGCCCAUAUAGACAAAAUCAAAUUUCAAGAGGCUGUCAAUAAGAAAAAAACUGAGGCAACAAACGCACUGAAACACGCGACAACCAGGGAAAUUCAAGAUCAGAGGAUCGAGAAAACGCCAAAGGGCCGCGAAGGUCGAACGUCUUCAACACCGCAGCGAUCAAGGGUCUUGAGGAAGCUGCAGAACGUGGAUAAGGAGGAAGAAGAUGAAAGCAAAGAUAAUCUGGAGAUGAUUGUUGGGAAGGACAAGGAAGCAGACUGCAAGUUUGCUGAUGUUGUUGACUGUGGCUUAUCAUUCAGCUGGAAUUCUGCUAAAGAUUCCGCAGACUGUGAGAAUCUUGAUCCUGUCGGCAACAAGGAAGUCGAAAUUGAUCCACAGAAUGAUGCACAGCAGACUCCGAGGAGGAAGAGAAAGGAAAUAAAUUCCCGGUGCAAUGGAACCAGCAGCUCGAAGCGACUUCGUGAAAGCGUGCUCUGCCUCACUGAGGAGAGAGAGACGAACGGCCGACCUGCCGCAGAUCACGUGGAAGAUGGAGAGGACUGCAGAGUGCCAGAUAUGAUGAGGUGCAGCGAGGAGGACAGAGCAGACGUUCUGCCGCUCGCCAGCGGCGAGUCACGGACGGGCGGCAGGAUUAUGUCUCCGAAACAUCGUCGCUUUUCAAGCCCAGUGAAGACCAGCCCUUGUCCCCCGAUUACAUUGUCCAGUGACGAAGAAGACUUUGUCACUGUUCCUGAGCUGAGUUCCACCGAAGUGCGAGAGACAUCAGGCGUGCAAGACGUCCAGGUGAUACCCAUCGUUGAAGGCGCUCUUGCUGUUGGUAAGGCCUCAGUAGUAGACCACUGUUCCAUGCGUAUCUCAUUCACGCUGCUGCACUGUGGAGGGUACCUAGCAAAGUCAAACGGAGAACUCUUGGUUGAAAAGGAGAAAAUCAUCAUCCCAGUGACAGAUGUGGACAAACAGCGCAAUGGGAAGUUGACGUUGGAGCGAAAGGAGCUGAUGCGCUACGGCGUCUGGGACCUGGACGAUGCAAGCCAGCUGGAUGGUACAAGAAUUGGAGAGGAUUUUCCUGCCAAUGCCCUUUUGUUUUACGUCUCCAAAGAAGCUGCGAUCACAAUAACACAGGAGCUUCGAAAUGUGUGUGUCAGGCGAAAAUCCACCACUACUGGAGAUGGUGUGAGCCCGUUCAUCCUGCUGACUUUUGAAGAGCCUCUGAGGGGAAUGGAAGGAGCUUUGUUGCGCUCCAGUCUGGAGUUGGACUGUCUCAACUGCAUGGUGUCCGAAAAACAUUCCCAUCUUACGGACUUCAGGAACAUGCCCAGGACUUUGCUAUCGUUGGAAAAUACCCUGGAUCUCCUUCAACAAACAGGACUAGACCCUCACUUGCUCGCAGUACUGGGAGUCGACACCACAGACACUCAUUCAGGAACGAGCGCUUCGACUGACCCUGAGCAGGAGGUCGAGGCUUUGGAGGCACCAGAGCUCAGGACUGAAGUUUUAGGGGAGAUUAUCCCGGAGCUAGAGAAGGUACCCCUGCUGGACACAUCUGUCUCUGGCUGUGUGGUGGAGCUGCCGCUGGGGAAUGAAGGGUCGUCGCCAGUCAAGAGACAAGAGAAUUCGAAUGCGACCAGGGGGCCCGGUGAAGUCGCUGAGCUGAACACAGCACAGAUGCAGCAGCAGUGCAGCACUUUAGAAUGGGAGAUGAAUGUAUAUGAGGGGUUGGAAACUGAGAUGGAGACUGUGAUCCAUGCAGCCCCAGAACUUGAGACGACAGCGGCGCAUUGUCCGGUGCUGGAAACCGGACUGGAGCAGGAGAUGUCACCUGCCUAUGCAGCAGCUACGGAAGCCGAGAUUGAUCCAGAGACCGAAGACGAAGCAAUGGAACCUCUGUCUGAGGACGAAGACAAGCCGGUUUACACUCUGUGCCAUCGAAGAGUUAAAGGCUCGUACCGUGUGUCCAUGUGCAAACUGGACUCAAGCUGGACCAAGUAUAAACACCAUGGACUGUCACGCAGGUUGAUUCAGUUUCCUCCUCCUCCGAUUAAAGGAGGAAUCACUGUGACGAUGGAGGACCUGCAGUGUUUGGACAGUGGACAGUACCUCAACGAUGUUAUUAUCGACUUUUACCUAAAAUACCUCCUCCAGAUGUCCGCCCCUGCCAUGGUGGAGCGCUCGCACAUCUUCAGCAGCUUCUUCUAUAAGCAGCUGACACGACGAGACAACGCCAGCGAAGGGAACACCUCAGAGACGUGUCAACGUCAAAGGCGGCAUCAGCGGGUGAAGACGUGGACCCGGCACAUUGACAUCUUCAACAAGGACUUUGUUUUUGUUCCCGUCAACCAAGAGGCUCAUUGGUACUUGGUUGUCAUUUGUUUCCCUGGCCUGGAUGAAGUGACGUAUGAGGCCCAUCCCCGCGCUUCAGAAUGGCCGUCAGGAAGUGAUCACAACGGUACCACUGAAGAACCAGACGAGGCUCAAAACUCAAAAACCUUUAGCAGGAGAACAAGCGUGGACGGAAGCUCAGAACCUGGAGGCGUUAAAGAUCCCAAAAUCAAAAUACCAGGCCCAGUGAUGUGCACCGAGGAAACCUGUCGGCGGAAGAUGGUUUGCAAAAGGCCGUGUAUCCUCAUCAUGGACUCUCUCAAAUUCUCGCUGCAUGAGAGAGUCUUCAAACUCAUACGGGAGUACCUGCAGUCGGAGUGGGAGGCCCGGAGAGGAACGUCGAGAGACUUCGGCCCAGACCAGAUGAAAAGUUCACAUAGCCAAGUCCCCCUGCAGGACAACAGUAGUGACUGCGGUCUCUACCUGCUGCAGUACGUUGAGAGCUUUUUAAAGGAUCCAGUGGUGCACUUUGAACUCCCUCUUCAGCUACAGCGCUGGUUUCCACGGCACCAAGUGCGAAGGAAACGGGACCAAAUCCGAGACCUGGUGCUGAAGCUGUACAGAGAUCAGAACCUCGACAGUCAGCGGUAGACUCAGGCAGCCGCCCUGCUGUUUAGGUCCGUGACUGUUCUUACAAACCUGCUCACACUGGGCGACACGGACCCUCGGGCGUCAAACCUGCGGCUGGGACUCAUUCAACAAGAACACACAACUCAAGCAGGGUCACCGGAGAACGUAUACUGUAGGACUUUUGUUUGAGAUCAUGAGUGAGCUAACUGUGCAUCAGAUACAAAGCGGCCUAUCAUCGUUUUGCUUUCCAUAUCUGCCUUUGUGAUUCACACGCUGCCACCCGUCACCCGACUGAAGCUUCAGCUAGUUCCAUGCCCUCUGAGUAGUGUGCAAAACUGUUUUAUCAUGGAUGCAGCGUUCAGUUAACAAGCAUUCACAUCGUGAUCGUUCAGUCGCCUUCCUGUUCAUUUCAGUAGCGUUUGAUAAAAGUCAUUUUAAAUCGGUUGCAGAAAUCCGUCGACAGCACAUCCAUCGCAGUAUUGAGGGUCAUGUUUUUUAUUUUGGAUUUUAUAGGACCUUGGUUUUUUCUGCUCGUGUUCAGAGGAAUGUACGGAUGAUUCCAAAAAUACAUCUGGUGUAUUAAAGCUUGAAUUCCCCCUGAAACUGCUUUUCCCGCCAUAAUUAAAAAACUUGUUGAUAAAACUUGGA